UUACCUUCGCUCUCCCGCCCUCCGGCCGCUUUCCUCCCUUCCCUCGGUCCCGCCCCGUCCAGCCCGGGCUGCCCGGCUCCCGCAGGCCCCCCCCGCCGCCCGCGUUCCUAUGGACAGACGCACAGACACCUGCAGAUUCAUAUGUUGAAGUCUGAAACCCCAGCACGUCAGAAUGUCACUGUAUUUGGAGGUAGGGCCUUUGAAGAGGUUAUUAAGUUAAAAAGAUUGUUAGGGUGGCCCUAAUCCAAUCUGCUGUCCUUGUAAGAAGAGGAAGUUUGGAUGCAAGAAGAGACCCAGAGAUGUUGUUUACAGAGUAAAGACUACGUGAGGACAAGGAAGGACACUGCUGAUCCUGUAACAUGGAGGAUUGCCUUCAUACUUCAUCUGAGAAUCUGUCCAAAUUGGUCAGCUGGGCCCACAGCCAUGGGACCAUUUGCAGCCUCAUUCCAAACCUGAAACACUUGCUUUCGGAAGGUUCCCAUGGGAACCUCACAGCAAUGUGGGGCUGUAGUGCUGGCCAUGCUUAUCACUGGCCACUGACAGCUACUUGCAGAGCUGGGUCCCAAGAAAGGGUCUGUUUCCAGGAUAACAGAAGUUUUAACUCUGAUAGUCCCAGUAUAAUUGGAGUGCCCUCUGAGACACAAACUAGCCCUGUUGAAAGGUAUCCUGGGAGACCCGUGAAAGCGAAGCUAGACUGUAAUCGGACCAGAGACUCUUGUGACUUCUCUUAUUGCAGUGAACCCUCUGAACUGGAUGAAGCUGUAGAAGAAUAUGAAGAUGAGAACACCCUGUUUGACAUGGUUUGUGAGUCUUCUGUUACAGACGAGGAUAGUGACUUUGAACCCCAAACCCAAAGGCCUCAAAGCAUUGCUCGAAAAAGGCCUGGAAUAGUCCCAUCUUCUCUCCAUUCCAGCUCUCAAGCUCAAAUGGUUGAUGAAUGCAGCAAUGAUGUCAUCAUUAAGAAAAUCAAACAAGAGAUUCCUGAAGAUUAUUACAUUGUGGCGAAUGCAGAGCUGACUGGAGGGGUAGAUGGACCAGCCCUUUCAUUGACACAGAUGGCAAAACCCAAGCCUCAGACUCAUGCUGGUCCCUCCUGCAUAGGGUCUGCUAAGCUGAUUCCCCAUGUGACAUCUGCCAUUGGCACAGAGCUAGACCCACAUGGUGUGUCUGCAUCCCCCUCUGUUAUGUCCAGACCAAUCGUCCAGAAGACUGCCAGGGUAUCUCUGGCUUCACCAAACAGAGGACCCCCUGGUGCCCAUGGUACCAGCCAGCAGGUGGCCAUGCAGAUGCCUGUGAGCACAUCCCAUCCUAACAAACAGAUCAGCAUCCCUUUGUCUGCACUGCAACUGCCUGGACAGGAUGACCAAGUUGCUUCUGAAGAGUUCCUGCCCCAUCUGCCCAGCCAGGUUUCCUCCUGUGAGGUAGCUCUUUCUCCCUCAGUUAACACAGAGCCAGAAGUGAGUUCCAGUCAGCAGCAGCCCCCAGUCGCUCCAACCAUAACCACUGAGGCCACAGCACAGUGCAUACCAGACCAGGAUGAAAGAGCAGCUGAGCUCAGCAGGGAGCAGAAUGAGAAAACCAUCCGGAGCACGCAGACCGCGCUCCGCAAUUUCCCCUAUUCUACUAAGCUCAACAAAUUUCCUGUAUUUAAUAUUAAUGAUGACUUGAAUGAUCUGUGUACCAGCGCAGUGAGCCCAAACACUACCAAAGCCACGCGGUAUGCCUUGAAUGUGUGGCGAUACUGGUGCGUGACCAACGGGCUCAAAGAUCACACGGACAUCACCAAGAUCCCUGCGGCGAAGUUGAAUGAGCUGCUCGAGAAUUUCUAUGUCACCGUUAAGAAGAGUGACGGCUCCGACUUCCUGGCCACCUCGCUGCACGCCAUUCGCCGUGGCCUGGACCGCAUCCUGAAGAAUGCAGGCGUGGGCUUCUCCAUCACCAGCAGCACUUUCAGUUCUUCCACCAAGAAACUCAAGGAGAAGCUGUGGGUGCUGAGUAAGGCAGGGAUGUCAGGUGCUCGUUCUCGCAAUAUUGUCUACUUCUCUCUUUCCGAUGAGGAGGAGAUGUGGCAGGCAGGGUGUCUGGGGGAUGACAGCCCUAUCACUCUGCUGUCCACCGUGGUCAAGUACAACAGCCAGUACCUGAACAUGCGGACGCUGCAGGAACACGCAGAUCUGAUGUACGGUGACAUUGAGCUGCUCAAAGACCCCCAGAACCAGCCCUAUUUUGCCCGGACAGACAGUGUCAAACGGGAGAGCCGGAGUGGUUCCACUAGAGUAUGCCACGGGAAAAUCUACCACGAGCAUUCCAGGGGCCACAAGCAGUGCCCUUACUGCCUCCUCUACAAGUACAUGUACAUCCACCGGCCGCCCACGCAAAUGGAGGCCAAGUCCCCGUUCUACCUUACGGCCAGGAAGGAGGCCACAGACACGGGCAGUGUGUGGUACGAGGAGCAGAGGAUGGGCCUGCGGUCUCUUCGGGGGAUAGUCCCCAACUUAGCCAAGAAGGUCAAGCUGGAAAACUGUGAGAACUUCACCUUUGUCUCAUUUACUCAGGUCUCCAGGAGGCUCGGCUCCCACAGUUGCUGUCAGUGAGUCUCCCCUGGGCCCAGGCCACUGCCCUGCUCACCCCGAGGGGCAAGAGUUCCCUCAGGCAAGCGGGGCCAGAGCUCUGAGGUGGCAGCGAGUGACGGCUACCUCAAGGUCAGGCUGGUCUCUGGCAGGGUGACCUGCUAUUUCUUCAACUUCGGGUAUGUUUUUAUAACUGAAAGUAGAGGAGUCUGAAUGACUAGGGUAUUUUAUCCAAACGUGUGUCACCUUUGUUAAAUUAUAGAAUCUAACACCAUGUAUAACUGCUCCAUAAACAAGAGUGAGGAAGUUCAUUUAGUGCCUUUUUAGCACAGAUUUUCUUUAAAAAAAAAAAGGAAAAAAAAAAGAAAAAAGAAUAAAGGAGACUGUUUAAGUAGUCAUUAAAAAAUACUCCCAGUAGCCUAGUAGCUUUAGAAUGUUAUGAAGACUAUAUUAUACUUUGUUGAAUUACACUCACAAUAAGGAACUGGAAGGAGAGAGGCAGACACGUUAACUAUUUCCAGGAGAAAAAUUGCACUUGACACUCCUCUGUCUGUUUCGUUGAUGGAUAGCUUGGUUCUGCAGAGCAAGCAGCUUUGCCUGCUAGAAGCGGGUGGGGCUGCACUAGGGAGUGCUGAUGGGGAGAUGGGGGCGACCCCCACUGCUCUCAGCACGGGGAGCAACUUGAUCCCUGUGUCAAUGGGGACAAUUUUAAUUUUAUGGAAAAAGAUGAAUGCGCCAGACGAUAUUUAGGAGAGCAAGGUUUCCAGUGAACUGGGUGGUUUGUACCAUGAGGGAAUUUCCAGAAGUGGCUUGGAAAAUAGCGAUCUGUGAUCAAAAUACGAAAACCUCCUGAAGCAGAAGUGCCUACGUGUUCUUCCUCAGCACCACGUGAAAGCUAUUUUCAUUUGAACCUUUUUUUGGAAUCUUUAAAAAUCUGUCCUUUGUGUCAUACAGUUGUGCCGUCAGCAUCUACCCCCAGAUUUGUUAAACGACCACAGGUAAUUUUCAGGCUUCGCCCAGAAAAUCCAACAAAGCAAGCUGCAAAGAAAGCAAAUGCCCAAACGUGUUUAUGAAAGUACUUAGGAUAUGUUUUAUCAAAGUUUGACUUUUUUUCCGCAACGACAGAUGUCAUCAUUCUAGGCCAGCACCCAUGCAUGGGCCAUGAUGACGGAGACAGCCUGCCAGGUAAGCGGACUCAGCACUAAGGACACGCGUGUGAAAAUCAGAGCGUGAUGAUAGGUCAUUGAUGCACUCAGGUAAACUGCAGCCUGACCACAUGUUAUUGAAACAUGAGCAGAAUUUUCUGGUAACUACUCUGAAUGACAAGAGAAAAAGAAGCCCAAAGAGUGCAAAUCAAUAAUAACAAUAAUUUCCAGGAGUCUUUAUGUUGUAUUUGAGGAAGGACUGCUACAAGAUUAUGUUCCUGCGUAUGCUUUCUAAUCCAAAAUUGAAAUUCCAGUAUAAAAUUCAUGUUGCAAGAGUCCUAAAAUCGGUUCUAGUUCUUUUUCAAAACAUUACUGUAGUAUUUAUUUUAAUUAAUUGUUCUUAAAAAUCAUUCACCAGUCGUUGAAAUACGUAAUACAUCCUUUACCAGAAAAGACUCAGCCAAUGCUGCCUUAAGGUUUAAUGUUGUUCCCUUUUUAGUUAAACUGAACAUUUAUAAUUUUGUUUACUAGUUGAUCUUUUCUGAGUAUGGGUUCAUUUUGGUAUGUCUCCGUGCAUAUGUAAGUAACACUGAUUUAGUAAUCAGUGUUAUGACUUGAUACUACAUAUUAUUCUGUUGUGAUUUCCUAUAGUGGUUUUAGGGUUUUGCUUAAAGAAGAGACACAAAGCAUUAGGUAUAGUUUUCCUUAGUUUGCUAAAUGCCCAAAGCAUAUUUUGUUUGUGGAAAGCAGGUGGUGAUCUUUCCUGUCAGUUCUGCACUUAAACAGAAAUACACCCCAAGUGAACUCUUGGGCAGACAGAGCCUGCAGCCUAAUUAAAUAAAACCUCCAAAUUUAUUUUAAAUAGAAGCAAGAGGAAAUGGCCUUUAGGAAUCCCUGAUCUUUUCAGAUUUCAACAUGUCCAUAAGUAGCAAUAACUGACCCAGAGGUUGUCAUCCUUCUGUUGACAGGGGCUUUUCCUCAGCUGAACAACCACCUCUGUCUCACGUUUGUUGCUUCUCACUGUUUGAUGUGCUAUAAAUCCCAGAGUUCUGAGGUGAAUGACUGAAUAAAAAACCAGGAGGUGGAAACUUCACUGAUAUCUGAUGGAAUGAGAACGUUGCAUCUCAGCAUCCUAAUGCCACGCAUUUUGUGCCCCCCUCGGGGACUGGGAGUUAGAUUUAGCAGAUGCUACUCUGUGCCACCGGUUAAUGAGGUACUUUGUUACGUGUUUGCGUGAGAUGUCUGUGUGUGUAUGCAACACACGCUUCAAAUGUGUAUGUGGUGACGCCUGGUAAACCUGCUAAGGUGGCAGAGCCCCUCUUCUUUGUAUGGCCAUGUCCGGAGUAGCUAGCUCUAGCAGGCAGUCAGCCCUUCCAGCCACCCUCACUCAUGCCCGCUGGAGGACGCCAUGAUUUUCCACUCUUGCCUAAGCCAGGAGAAAGGAGAAUCCCAAGAGAAGGAAGGGGGUGGGGGAAGAUUAAGGGCAUUUUCUCCAUUUACCUUUAUUUAUUUAUUUAUUUAUUUUACUCAAAAGUGGGAACGCAUAUCAGGAGCUCCCAAGCUCACCGAAGCACAAGUUGCCUCUGGCUCGGCGUCAGGAACGGUGGAGCUGCAGGUGUUAGGGAGGACCUGUGGGGUGCUUUGGGCGAGCUCUUGCCCACAGCACCUUCUGCGUCUGCUCUAACGCGAGCCCUGCUUGCUUGAUAGCUCCCCUCCGGAAUCUAACAGGUCUCCCCUCAGAAGUGUAUUCUAGCAGACGUGAUGGAGGGUCAGCUUGGAAGGGUGUGAUCCCAUUAAACGUGAAAGGUUAACACAGCACCGGGUGCACAGUAAGCCUGCAAUAUAUGUUAGCUAUUUCAGCUACAAGUUUUGGUAAUAGUAAUAAUUAAUAUUAUUCAACGACUCUGCGUCACAUCAAUUAUUUCUUCCAUUGUGGAGAUUCUCCCUCCUUUAAACCGUUAAACUUGAAGAGGAAACCAAACCUGAUAAUCUGGUCACAUGUAUGCCCAUAAAUUCUACCUCCAACACAGCCAAGCCCUGUUACCUCAGCUGUAAGCAAAAACACGUGAAGAAUGGAGAUGCCUUAAGAGGCUUUAUGAGAAAGCUUUUGCAUUGUUUCGUGUGUUUGCAAAGGGGAGUAUUAUGGAAGAACCUAACCAAAGCUGUGAAAGAGAUGGUCUCCUUGGUCACGUGGCAUUUUCCAGCUCUCCUUGGGUUAUGUGCUGCAUUAGUCCUGCUCUGACUGAUAAGUGGUGUUUGAAGAAAUGUGAAAUUCUAUUACUUUGAUUUUUAUUUCAAUUCGGCCUUAUUUAAAGGAUCAAGCACUAUAUCCCAGCAUGUUCACAGACAGUCAUUGGGAGAAUCUGGACAAGAUAACAUUCAUGUGGAAGCUGAAGCCUCUUGCAGUAGUAGAGAGAGAACUGGACUGGGAGCUCCUUCCCUCCUCUGCGGUUCUGGUCUCACUUCCAUCGGUGAUGGAGUGGGAUCACUGGAUGGAUCACUUCCAGCCUGAACAGUGUUACAGUUCCUGAAGCACAUACUGUUAGGAAGUGGCAGAACUCGGAAGCAAAAUUCCUAAUUCCUUAAGGUCAUAUAGUGGAUCUCCUAAAUUUUAAGAGCUUCUGACUCUACUGGAACACUUUCUUUUGAAAAAAUAGUUUUCUUGAAUUGCCAGGUUUCACAGAUUUUAAAAAAUUGUUUUUUGCUAUCUCUAGGCAGCAACAUGUUGAUUACUUUUCUCAGUUUAGACUAAUGCUGACCACAGUUUAACUACUUCAAUAAAGUAAACAGGAUGUUUAAACAUUAUGUUUAUCAAAAUGCAUCUCUUUGUCAUUACUGAAAUCUGGUUUUUGACCUAGUAACCAGUUUACCUUUAGGCAUUGAUAAAUGCAAACGAUAGAAACCUCAGAGUCACCUCAUUUUCUCUACAUGUGAUCCAGUUUUGUCUAAGUUAGGGCCCAUGCACAUUUAGAAACAGUUAACAGUCCUGAGCAGAAGAAUAUAUUAAAAGUUUCAAGUUCACAUGUAUCUUCACAUGUUUUUGCUUUGGGGUUGAGUUUUUAAUGCUCUGUAUUAAAAGAAAAACAUCCAAGGGUUUAAUCAGUGUUCUUAAAAAUCUUUGUUUUUUUUUUUUCCCCAUGAGAAUUAAUCUCCUUAGUAGAGGGGGAGUUUGGUGGCGACCUAAGGACACGCUCCCUUCCUGAGAGAAGAAAAGGCUUUUGACUGACUUAUCUCUGGGAAUUCCUAUAUAUUCCGUGUCCAUGAAUUCUGACAUCACAGGAUUUCCCAAAACUCCUUUGAGGGAGGCUGCCCAUCCUUCUGGCAAAGUUUGCCUAUUACCAUGAUGAUUUCAUGUACUACUAGUUCUUCAUAGUCCAAGAAAUCCCAAGAUGUCUCUCAUGUUUAGUUGGUUGACCAGAAUCAGAUUUCUGUGCUCAAUUAAAGUGCUUUAUUAAUCUAAUGCAGCUGAUAUGGAACUUAAUUUCAGGAAAUAUUUGUUAAAACAAAACAAAAGAUCACUGGGUUAUAUUAGAUGCAUAUUGCUUCCAUUACUAUUAAAAGCAUUUAGAUAGAUCCCUCCCCCACAAUGAGAGGAGAAUGAGCUCCUAAAUAUUUUAUGGUCAAGAUAACUGAUUUGAUUAAUUUACAUUUAACUGCAGUUAUUGUUACAGUUCAAAAAAGUUUCUAGAAGGUUCUCAUUUGACUAACACUGUGGUAAGUACUUUCUCACAGCUGCCUCAUAUUUUCAUCUAAUUUCACAACAGCUCUACAAGGUAGGUCUAAGUAUUCCCAUGUUACUUACUGGGAAACCCAAGGCUCAGAGAAGUUAAGUAAAUUUCUCAAAGUCUCACCGAGCUUAUAAAUUGGAGAACUUAAGUGUGAAGCCAGGUCUUCUGACUCCAAAUCCCGUGUUCAGUCCGUGAGACAAAACUGCCUUCUUUGGGGCUACAGAGGGUCCGUUUAUCACAGAACUUAAAAAAAGUAAACACGAUUUCUGUCUAUUUAGGAAACACUUCAUUUCUCCAGUCAUACGGUGACACACUUCUUAUGUACUCUCUUACUAACUGAUUGGUCACUUGGUAUGUUUCAGUAGUUCUGGAAAGCCUGAUGGUUUUCUGUGAACAUUCUGCAUAUUGAAAACUUUUUGUCCUUAUCCAAUAAAUAACUUGUAUUACCUAUUACCUGCCCUAAAGGGCAGACGUUCAUGCCAAUUUAUUCUAAUAAAAGUCAAAUACUUUACUAAUUGUACCUGUCUUGACAAUGGUAUCAUUGCUUAAAAUGUAAAAGGCUUCCUAACCUAUGUCACAAUUAUAUGUGCAUGUUUUUUACUUUCUUUUUUUUAAAUUUUGAUGUCAAAGAAUUUUUAUAAUCUUUAGGCUAAAGCACCCUCAUAGCAAAAUAUACUUACUUAGUCAUUUGUUUUCUAUUCUUCUUUCCUUUAUCUGGGCAUGUUUACUUUCUGCUUUGAGACUUAAAAAACAAUAGGUUAUAAGUAACUCUGAGAUCAUGUAGUCAAAUUCCCUCAUUUUACCAAUAAGGAAGUGGAAGCCCAGAGAUAUCUGAGGGGCCGUCCAAGGUUAGCAAGACAGUAAAUAGAUUCAGGACCAGAACAUUAAUCCAAAACUCUUUCCUCCAUACCAUCACUGGGAAGAUUUGGAUUUUUAAAAACAAAUUAUUGAAUUGCAUCUCACAGAACGACAUGUGGCUAGCAGAAGCCCCCACUGAACUCCUAAGGUCCCAAAGAAACACUCAUAAAAACCUCCAAAGAAGGCCAAAUCUCUGUUCUAGAAUCUAGACGGAAUUGGUACAAGUUAUGAGGCAUACGGUGCUGGAAUGAGGCAAAAUCUUCCAGGGGGUAGCUAGGGAUUUUCUCUGGCUUCAUGUCAUGAAAUGGACAUACUGAGAAAUAAGAACUGUGAAAGAUAUUUAGUAACUCGUUUUCUUCACCAACAGUGUCUGCCUGCUUACUCAGGAUCAGAUCUCCCAAGCCAGAGAAAUAACUGACUGAUCCUAUCUCUUAACCAGAUGGAGAGACCAUGAAGAUUCUCUAUAUCCCACCCCUUCUGCCUUCCUGCUCCCCGCCCCCAACCCUCAUUGUGCCCAGGACUCCAAACCUUAGGGCUAAAAUGUGAGCAGAAAGCAGAAAGAUUUCUUAAAGGCAUGGUGCAUUCUGUGAAAAAUGUCCUUUAGGUGAAGGCAGAUACAAAGAAGUAGCAGAAUAUGCAAAUACUGUGAUUUUUCAUGUAUGAUAUUAGUUCAGAGAUCUAGAAAACAGUAGGAAGGAUUGGGAAGGCACUUCAAUAGCAAAGCAUUAAACUUGAAAUUGGACUUGGAGAUAUGCAUACUACUUUAUCCACCGCACCAUAUACCCACAAAAGAAAGUUGACAAACACUCACAUGGAGACAGCACAACCACGGGCAGAUACUGGAUCGGGAAGAAGAUUGUAUUUAAGGAUGAAUACAGAGGGGAAAAAAGGGGGGGGGUAUAUU